AUGACUUCCGUUGCAUGCUUUUUUAAUCUCCGAUGCGCGCACGCUCUGUUGACCUUUGCAACUCGAGUUCAAGGGGUUAGUUGAAUCUUUAUCUUUCGACGUUGCUGUUAACUUCCGUACAGGCAAAAAACGUCAUGAGUUGCACGAAUUCAGAGUUUGCUAUUUCAGUAGACGUCCGCAAGUGUCCGUACGUAAACACAAAAAGUUUCUCAAAACGUAUUCUAUCUUGUAAACCUGAAAGAUCAAGGUCUAAUCUGUCCUUCGACCCAAGAAAAGCUCCUUUCAGCACGACUGACCGUAAUCACAAACACUUCUUCCGGACAAAAGUCUGGUUUGUAGCCUGCCUGUAGGGUGUUCGAAAAGAAAAUCACGGCGAUCGAAAAUGUUGACGCAACUGGCGAAAGAAAAGGAGGAGGGGCCUUUAGAACUUUCGGAUGAUUCAGCGGAAAUAUAAGGACAGGUUGACUGUAUAAAAGUCGAGGGUCGUGGCCUUGAAUCCAGCAAUCCGGUUUCACAGAUCGGUUCAGCUUUCACAGGUGAGCCAGAAAUAGAUUUGUAUUUUAUGAAAACAUUGGUUUUCGUCCAUUUCAUUUGAGCAUUUUGGCUCUGUAAUCAUUAACACCUUUCUUUUCAGAUACCAUAAUGCAUUUGCAUUUAAUUUUUGUCGCAUUUGCCGUUAUUCCUUGCACUAUGGCCUUCUUUGGCGGCCGUGGUGGUCCAGGAGGACCUCCUCAUGGACCUCCAGGCCCACUCGGAGAAAUUUUUGCCCAGCUCACAGAACAGCAAAAACAACAAGUUCAUCAGAUCUUGGCAGACACCCGCGAGUUAACCAAGGGUCAACAAAAGGCCGCCAUCGACAACUUUGUCAGCACUUUGUCUUCGGACCUCCAAGCGAAAGUGAAGGAGGGAAAAUCAAGAUUCGAGCAGAUGAUCGCCCAGCAAGACCAAAAAGCCCAAUCGUUGAGUCAGAACGCUCAAAACCUCUACAGUCAAAUCACCGCCGUCUUGAAAGACGACAGCAUCACACGGCCAGAAGAACACCAGAAGAUCCAAGCAAUUGUGCAAAAUGCCGACAAAUCAGUCCUUGAUGAAUUCAGAAACGCUGGAAUAAGGCUACCACUUGGCCCUCCUCAUGGACCCGGUGGACCACAUGGCGGUCCCUUUGGACGUCACGGAGGCCCAGGACCGAUGGGCCCAUUAAGCGAGAUCUUCAAAGACCUCACCCAAGAACAGAGAGAGCAGGUCCGUAAGAUCUUCGAGAAGACCCGCGAUGCCACCAAAGCACAACAAAAGGCCGCCAUCGACAACUUUGUCAGCACCUUGUCUUCAGAACUUCAACAGAAGGUCCAAGAAGGCAAAGCCAAAUUUGAGAAAAAGAUCGCCGAGGACGAUGAGAAGGUGAAGUCGCUAAGUCAAUCUGCCCAAGACUUCUACAGCAAAGUAAAAGCUGUCUUGAGAGAUGACAGCAUCACUCGCCCCGAAGAGCAUGAGAAGAUCCACACCAUCGUUGAAAGCGUUGGUAAAUCAGUUUUGGACGAACUGAGAAAAGCCGAGAUUCGACUCCCACUUGGUCCUCCUCCGCCUCCCCCUCAUGGCCCACAUGGAGGCCCGCGCGGACCCUACGGUGGUCCAUGGGGACACCAGCGCGGACGAUGA